CCGCGUUGUUAACACAUACCGUUAGAUGAGCACAAAACAUUUUGAAAACAAUACAAAACUAAAUAAUAAUAAUAACAACAAAAUAAUAAACUAAAUUAUUAUAGAUUUGAAAUAUUAAAUAAUUUUUACUUUUUCCGCUGCAAAAAAAAAAAACGGAAGAAGAACAAGAAUAAAAACCGAAAUAUAAAACCGGAAGUGUGCAAACAAAAAUUUAAAGUUUUUUCUGUUACAAAAAAAAAUUCCCAGCUUGGCUUGUUAAGAACUGUUCUAACGCGUGUGUGUAAAAGAGUACCGAACCGAACGUAUGAGUGAUAUUAUUUGGUGUGGAAUCUGAAUUCCACAUUACGGCUCAAAACAUAUCAUUAAAUAAAGGCAAUUUUUGUGUUUUUAGAAAAAACGAAAGUAAAACAAGUGCUUGAAGCAAAACAAAAAAAAAACAGAAUAUUUAUAAAAAAAAAAACAAAUUCUUACAGAAAGGCAAUCGGAUACUUGCAAGCUUUUUAGUGCAACCUGAACUCCUUGAAGAAAAAAAAUCGUAAAUUUUGCAAAACACGAUAAUAUUGCAAUUUUGUUGCUGCUCUAGUAAUGCUUUUAGUUCAGCUGUGGAAAUAACUGCAGUUUUUUGGAAUACCUAAGGAAACAAUAAGAAAGAGAAGCAUAUUUAUAAAGAAAACUAAAGACAUUUACAAAAAAGGAACCCGGAGCGUAUGUGAUGUGAUAAUGUGAACAAAGAAUUUAUGAAUUUUCAAAUUCUCCCACUCUAUUUUUAUGAAACGGACCAAAUUCUAGCUUUUUAUAAAAACCAACAACAACAACCACAAAAUUCUAAAGCAAAACCAAAACUACGUGAAUUUUUAAAUAUUUUUAUUAAAUUUACGAAAUAUUUGUACAGCUGUAACGUAUAAGUGAUAUUGAUUCGGGUGUAUUAGUGCGUAUGAGUAAUCGAGAUUCAAAAAAAGGGACACAAAGGCGUAUGAUUGAUUCAAGUGAAAUAAAAAUAAUUCGAGUAUACUACAAAUGAAAAAAGCCUUAAAAUAACAAAACGAAUUUAAAAAAGAAAGAAAUUAUUAAAUUUAAAUAAAAAACAAAAACAAAAAGUAAAAAACGUCAACAACAACAUAGAAUGUGUGUGUAUCAAGAGUCCUUGUGCCUGCCCGCCUACUAACACCAACUACCAGAGGCAAGCAACAAAUGUGAAUCUCUGUGUGUGUGUGUAAACGUGUGUGUAUCUGUUGGGAAAUGUCUAUACUAAAGGACGAACGAAAGAAAGAAAAAAGUAUCCCAGCUAUUACGUCCUAAUGCUGACGUCGUCAGUGCCAGCAUAAAAAAUUAAUGAGAAAAAAAUCCAACAAAAAUAAAAAGAAAACGUGAGAAAAAGAAAAAAACCCAAAGAGAGAGAGAUAAUACAAACGUGUGUAACAAAAUGUAAAAAACGCGAUUUUUUCAAGGGAAUCUUAAACAGUGCAAAGAAGAAAAAAAAACGUGCGUCCCUAUAAAAAUACCAAAACGCCAAGAGACCACCCGCUAAUUUUGUGGAGUAAUUCUGGUGAGACUCCGAUUUUCCCCAGCUGACCAGCCUCAAAUUCGCCGUGCUGGAGCUGCAAAGCUAUAAAGCGCGCCUGAGGGUUUUUCAACCUUCCACAGGUGCAGCAUUUAACACCAGCGCCAAUUUACAAGAAGAACGUGCAACAGCACCACCACCAGCAUCAGCACCGUCAACAACAACACCCACCACUGGUCCAAGUGGGGUAGUAGUAGUGGCGGCGACAACGUCGGGUUCAGAAUUGACAACGGCAACAACAACUACAAUAACAUUAAAUAGAAGUUCACCCAGUAAGGCAACGGGAGGAACAGCAGCAGUAACAACAACUACACCACCGAAGAUCUCAGCAAUAAUAAAUGCAAACACGGCUGUAAGCAACAAAACCAACAAUAAUAACAACUCGGCAUUAAGCGCAACAACAACCAUCCCCGGCAUAACAACAACAUUACAGCAGAGCAAUAGCAACAACAAUCGCAAUAAAAUUGUACAAAUAAAAACCGAAAAGCAAACGGAACAAGACUCACUCUCAGCAGCAGCAGCAGCGAUUGUUUCUGCAACACCCACAAUAGCAUCCUCAUCUCAGGCAGCCACAACAACAGCAUCGUCCAUAUCAACUUCAGCUGCCAAAUCUUCAAGCUCCGUCUCAUAUUCGUCGGCCUCUACCAGAUCCCUAAGCAAUAACCAACAUAAUUCGAAGGCACGUCUAAACAACGCUACGACAACAAGCAUGUUACUAUUGCAACCAAAUAACACUUUCGGUACUCUUUCUCCGUUCGAUAAUUUUUCCUCGCAAUCGGGCAAUCAGCAACAACACCAGCAUCAGCAGCAACAACAACAUCAGCAGCCUCAGCAACAACUGCACCAUCAGUCUCAACAACAUUCGCAUCACCACCCUCAUCACCACCACCACCACCAUCAUCAUCAGCAACAUCACAGUACAACAACAACAUUGGCUGGCAACACAACUCCACAUCUGCUAUCGGUGGCCACCGAAGAUCAUCUAAUUGGCAAUCUGACCGAUACGACCACCUCCGAACAUUCGGAAUUGAUUGAUCACACCUUUAAUCAGCUUUCCGAUUUAUUUUUUCCUACCGAUUCCAAUCAAUCCUUGCUCUCACCCACCCUAGACAGUAACCCAAUUCGGGAAGCGGAUUCUUCCACGCAGCACAACCACCAUCAUCAUUCGCAUCACCACCACCACAGCCAGUUGCAAGAUCUCCAUUCGUCGUGUGAAACCCUGGUGGGCAGCAGUGAGGACAUUACCUCGUCCCUGGAGAAUCUCACAAAAUUAACGUGCCUGCGUGAAAAACGACUGUCAUCGAUACCUGAACAACAUAGCUUGAGAACCACUUCCAAUUCGGAGGCCGAUCAUAGCUCCUUGUGUUUUGAUCGUUCAACGCCGCAGGAAAUCGGUUUGCUAAGUCUAAGAUCAAGCAGUGACCCGGCCAUAGCCCUGCACGCAUUACAAGAACGACAACAGCAGCAGCACCAGACAUCCACGGCUGGAGGUUCGGUAAGAGGGGUUGGUGAUCCCUUACUAUCACCGCUAGGUGGGCCCCUGUCGCUGCCCAGCUUUGAAGAAACCUAUUCGCUCAAAUACGGCACAACACCCACAGGCGGUUCGGCCAGUACAGUUUCGACCAGUGACCUGCAAAUAAAAAUGGAUGAAGAUUGCUUUCCGCUAAACACCUCGUCCGGUGAGGGUAUUGGAGGACCGGCAUUAAAUCAGGCUCAAACACAUCAUCACCAUCACCAACAUCAGCAGCAACAACAUCUUCACAACCAACAGCAGCAGCAGCACCAUUCACAGCUGGGCAACAAUCACAACAGCUUAUUGGGAAAUCAGCAGCAGCAGCAACAACAGCAGUCGGCGACCCAACAGCAGCCACAUCUUCCACAACAGACCCAUCAUCAACAUCACACGCAACAACAACAACAGAAUUCCAACAAUUUCAACUAUCAUGGCCAUUUUAAUGCAACCACCACACCAGCCUCUUCGACAUCGUCGGUCUCUUCGUCGCCAUACGAAUUCACCAAUGGCACUGAGACCUCGGGCAGUUUUAAUACCUCCACCUCGGGAGAGAAUUUCUAUCAUCAAUAUAAUCUGAAUACACAACCAAAUAAUUACCAUUCUUCGACGGCGGAACGUUACAGCCUACCCAUAUUUCCCACCAUGUCCGAGUUAGAGGCGGCUACCGCUGUGGCCUCCGCUGCCGCCUUGGCCCCAUUGCGACGUGCUUCGUUGCCAGUGAAUCGUUCCGAAUCGCCGCUCAGCAAUCAUAGUCCAAAGCUUCCUAAAUUGGUAAUAGGUUCCACAAAUACAACAUUGCAUCUCAAGCAUCAACAUGCGACACUGGCGAGUGCUCCAAGUUCCGCUUCAAAUUCGCCCAGUGUACGACAGCAAAGCUCAACGCCCAGUCUCCAUCAGCAACAACAGCUCCACCACCAUCAUCAUCAAAUGAAUCAAUCAGCGUCCGAUAUGCUUAAUGGCCGAGUUAUACCCACACCCCCCUCGCAGCUGUGUGCCGUUUGUGGUGACACUGCAGCCUGCCAACACUAUGGCGUUCGCACCUGUGAGGGUUGUAAGGGCUUCUUUAAACGUACCGUCCAAAAAGGUUCCAAAUAUGUUUGCUUGGCCGAUAAAAAUUGUCCCGUCGAUAAGCGUCGUCGCAAUCGUUGUCAAUUUUGUCGUUUCCAAAAAUGUCUAGCCGUCGGCAUGGUCAAGGAGGUGGUACGCACAGAUUCGCUAAAGGGACGACGAGGUCGUUUGCCCUCCAAACCAAAAUCACCACAGGAAUCGCCGCCCUCACCACCCGUUUCGUUGAUAACAGCUUUGGUACGUUCCCAUGUCGAUACCACACCCGAUCCAUCCUGCCUUGACUAUUCCCAGUAUCGUGAACCUGGCCAAGCCGAUCUACCGCUGGUGAUGAGUGAAGCCGAAAAGGUCCAACAAUUCUAUAAUCUCCUAACCACAUCGGUGGAUGUCAUAAAACAAUUUGCCGAGAAAAUUCCAGGUUAUUCCGAUUUGACACAGGAAGACCAGGAACUACUGUUGCAAUCUGCCUCCCUAGAGCUGUUUGUGUUACGGCUAUCGUAUCGUGCCCGUGUCGACGAUACUAAAAUGACCUUUUGCAAUGGCAUUGUUUUGCAUCGAAGCCAGUGUCAACGUUCCUUUGGCGAUUGGCUAAAUGGUAUCCUGGAGUUUAGCAAAAGUCUUCAUAGCUUGGAAAUCGACAUAUCUGCAUUUGCUUGCCUCUGCGCCCUGACACUGAUAACUGACCGCCAUGGCCUGCGAGAACCAAAAAAAGUGGAACAGCUACAAAUGAAAAUCAUUGGCAGUCUGCGCGAUCAUGUCACCUACAAUGCUGAGGCUCAAAAGAAACCCCACUAUUUCAGUCGGCUGUUGGGCAAGCUACCCGAACUGCGGUCGCUUAGCGUGCAAGGUCUGCAGAGAAUAUUCUAUUUGAAGUUGGAAGAUUUAGUGCCAGCACCGGCUCUCAUUGAGAAUAUGUUUGUGGCCAGUUUACCGUUUUAAACGUACAACCAAAAUCCCGCUUAUUUUAAUUAUCUUUCUCUCGCUCCACUCCCUACCUUUCUUUCUUCCUCUUUCCUUUCUUAUAAGAUUAUUUAAUAAUGAUAAUGAUAAAAUGUAAAUUAUUAUUAUAUUCUUUUGAUUUAGAAAAAAAAAAAAACAAUUCUAAUUAAACAAUUUAAAUAUUGUAUUUUUAACAUAAAAAACAAACAAUUAUUUAUAACUUCUUAAAACAAACAUCAUCAACAACAAACAAAAAACAUAGUGUAAUUAUUUUCUCUUAGAUGUAAGACCCUUUCU